AUGAUAAACAUUCCAAAUCAUCUCUCUUUUAUCCACCUCAAUGUUCAAAGUAUACAGCACAAACUUGAUAUCCUUUACACAGAACUAUGUGACUUUGACAUUCUCGCCUUUUCAGAAACUUGGCUUAACAAUUCUGUUCCUACAGAAGAUCUGCUAUUAUCAUCUUUUCAUACGCCUGAACGCAGAGAUCGGGUGGGUUAUACCUACGGCGGUGUUAUCUUGUAUAUUAAAGACAGUCUUCACUAUCGGAGGAGGCUUGAUUUAGAGUUGAAUCGUUUGGAAUGUAUAUGGGUGGAAAUAACGUUAUACAGUAACAGACAUAUUCUGUUCGGAGUGUUUUAUCGUCCUCCAAAUUCUGAUACUAUUUACAACAAUCUUGUUGAGGAUUCUAUCGGUCUUGCAAUUGAUACAAAUAUAUCUGAUGUCAUAAUAACCGGUGACUUCAACUACAAUGUAUUCAGUCCGAUAACAAAUCGCAAAAUUAUUUCUAUCACACAACAAUUUAAUCUUGAGCAACUAAUUGAUCAGCCAACUCAUUUUACCGAACACUCCGAAUCUUUGAUUGAUCUUAUUUUUGUUUCCAACAAGAACAACGUUCUCUAUUCUGGUGUUGGUGAACACUUUCUUGACCAAGAACAAAGAUAUCACACUCCUGUAUUUGGACUUCUUAAAUUUCAAAAACCAAAACGCCACUGCUUUGAUAGACUUAUUUGGGAAUACGACCGCGGUGACUAUGAUAGUUUGAGAGAUGCUGUCAAAAAUCAUCCAUGGGAUAACUACAUUGAUGUAGAUAUCAACACAUAUGCCAAUAAAGUAAUAACAACUAUAUCUGACCUUGCAAAACAAAACAUUCCUAACAAGACUAUUAAAGUAAGACCCCUUGAUGUACCUUGGAUGACAAAUGACAUUCGAAGAAAUAUACGUAAACGCAAACGUUUAUACAGAAAGGCCAGAAUAACAUCAACACAACACUACUGGCAAAAAUUUAGAACAGUUCGAAACGAAACAAUCCUAAUGAUACGCGAGGCCAAAUCAAAUUAUUUUCUUAAACUUUCUGACAAACUCAAACGCGGUUCUCUAUCGUCCAAGGAUUGGUGGAAAACUCUUAAAUCCAUUACUUUUAAACCAAAUAAGAUAAACAUUCCCCCUCUUCAAGACCUUAACACCACCCAAACAACAUACCUUGAUAAGGCUAAUCUUCUUAACGACUACUUUGUUCAGCAAACAAAUAUUGACGACGACAAUAGAGAAGCACCUGAACUCGGCCCUCCCAACUCCUUGUCCUUUCUAUCUGAUCUAAUUCUACGCCCAGUCGAAGUUGAAGAUGUCCUCAAAUCAUUACAAGUUGACAAAGCAGCUGGACCAGAUGUUAUCAGUAACAAACUCCUACGAGAAAUUUCACAUGAGCUCUCCUUCCCUCUUUGUAAAUUAUUCAAUGCAUCUUUACAAUCUUGUACACUGUCGUCAGCUUGGAAAGUGGCCCAUGUAACUGCUAUUCACAAGAAAAGCGAUGCAUCACUUCCAAGCAAUUAUCGGCCAAUUUCUCUUUUAAACACAACUGAAAAGGUGUUCGAACGUCUGGUUUUUAAACACGUCUUUAAUCAUCUUCAAGAUAUCAACUUUCUAACUACAGCUCAGUCCGGUUUCAUUCCUGGUGACUCUACUGUCAAUCAACUGGUCCUCAUUUACGAAACACUUUGCAAAGCUCUUGAUGAUGGGCUGGAAGUUCGUGUCGUUUUCUUUGACAUAAGUAAAGCCUUUGACAAAAUUUUACACAUUGACGACCCUUUCGACCGAAAUAAAGAUUUAGCAGAUGGACACGUUACAAGGAUAUCUGGCGGUUUAGCAAGAUAUGUGGAUAAUACAUAG